AUGGAUAAACACCCCGUGCAAGUGGCUACUGAGAUUGAUGAGGAGGAAGAAGCUCUCGAAGGAUAUGUCACUGAUCCCAGUCGAUAUCCUGACCACGCAGCUAGGCUGAAGACCACUGCAGAUGGUCACUAUGUGCUCAUUCCGCAGCCCCUGGAUACACCGGACGAUCCAUUGAACUGGAGCCCGCGCAAGAAAUGGCGCAUUGUGGCCAUCAUCGCCUAUAUCGCCUUUCUGGCCGACUACACGGGGGGAACGGCAAUCAUCACUGUGAUUCCCCAAUCUAUCCAGUGGAACCUCGCCCAGGAGACCGUCCAACGCGCCGUCGUCGGCAACCUCUUCAGUAUCGGCGCGUGCGGCAUCCUCGUGGUCAUGCUGGUGGGAUACUUUGGACGAAUGCCGGUCCUGCUAGUCUUCCAGGCCGUCAUGGUCGGGACCUGUGCCUGGUCAGCGGCCGCCACUUCGUUCAAGUCGUAUCUCGCCGCGCGUAUCAUCAACGGUCUCUUCUGCAGCGUGGGUCAGGGCGCCGCUCUCCUCUGGGUCAAGGAUCUGUUCUUCUUCCAUGAACAUCUCAAGGUGAUCAACUGGAUCGAGUUCUUUAUCAUCUUGAGUCCGUACGCCGGGCCCCUGAUCACCUGCUUCGUCGUGGCGGAUGUCUCCUGGCGUUGGGCGUUCUGGCUCUGCACCAUCCUGUCGGCCGUUGCUUUUCUGCUUGUGUUUCUGCUGGAUGAGACGCUCUGCGAUCGGAAGAAUGCAGCUCUGGUGUCUCGGGGAUCGUAUGUCUCGCGUCUCACGGGCGUCCAGCAAGCGCAGCUGUGGCAUCAGCGGAGCUUCCUGCAGUGCGUUAUGAGACCUGUUGUGGCUGUUACCAAGAUUCCGGUGUUGCUCGUGCUGAUCUACUAUUUCCUGAACUUUUCUUGGGUAAUUGGCGUGAACACUACCAUUGGACUAUGGUUGACCAAUGACUAUAUGUUCUCUACACGUGGCAUCGGAUACUUCUACUUCUUCGGCAUCGUCGGCACCAUCCUCGGCUGGAUAAUCGGACACUAUCUGCACGACGCCGUCGGCGGAUUCUACACAGCACGACACCAAGGACGCCUACAUGCCGAAGCCCGACUGAUCAUCGUGUACCCAGCGACGGUCCUUUGUUGCGUCAGUCUGAUCGUGCUGGGGUUCGCCUUCGAGCGUCACUGGCAUUACAUGGUGAUUGCAGCGUUCGCGGCCCUGCAGGUCCUCAGUCUGAUGAUCAUCACCACCGCGGUCAACGCCUACCUGCUGGACUGCUACCCCGAGGGAUCCGGUGAGGUGGCUGCCUGGGUCACGGCCAGUCGUAAUUGGGGCGGGUUCAUGGCCACGUAUAUCCAAAUCGAGUGGGUGGAGGGGAUCGGUCCGGCGAGGGCAUUGGGGAUUCAGGCGGCGAUUACCUUUGCGUCGUUGGGGUUGAUGUUGCUAUUGCAGGUGUUUGGGAGGAAAGACCGACACAACUUCAUCGAGAUGAAGAAACAGAACGCCAUUGACGCACUCAUGUCCGACAUUAACGAACUCCGUCCGGUGCAUCGCUUCUCUCGCGCCCUGUGGCAUUUCAGCCCGCAAUGGUUCCUAAUCCCACAAGGCAGCGGCGUCAUCUCCCUAAUCCUGCACCAACUACACUAUCAAUUCGGCGCACUUCCCAUCCUCGCCAAAAUCGUCUGGAUCUACACAAUCGCACUACUAGGCAUCUUCCUCAUCCUCUGCACUCUGCGCAUCUCUCUCUACCCACAUCACGUCAGCCAUGAGCUCCGCACCAACGUCCUCGAAUCCUCCUGUCUCUCCAGCAUCUCCAUCACCUUCACGGCGAUCAUCGAGAUGGCCAGUCUACAGUACGGAACCUCCGCUGGCCUGGCCGUCUACGUCCUCUGGUGGAUCACCAACGCAUUAGCCCUCAUCGCCGUCGUCGGCAUCCCCUACAUCCAACUGAAGCUCCGUCCCCCAGGGAUCGAACACAUCCCACCCUCGGUUCUCCUCCCUUUCAUCGCGGCCUUGACCGCCGGCGCGGCAGGCGGCGUCAUUUGCAACUCAACCAACAUCAGUGCUCGACUCAAAGUCCCUGUGAUUAUCGUCUCGUAUCUCCAGGUUGGCACGGGGCUCGCUCUCGCUAUCGCAUUCGCUGCUAUUGUCCUCUUCCAUCACUUCACUCACUCGAAUCAUACACCCGAUAAAGUCUACCAGGAUAUGAUCAUCUGCGGACCCUUCGGACAGGGCGGUUUCGCCCUGCAGGUUCUGGGAUCCGUCGUUCAGGACGGAACCUUCGCUAGCUAUAAUCGCGGUUCAUUCCUCACUGCUGCCGCGGCGACCCCAAUCGGGUAUGUGAGUCAAUGGGCGGGAUUGCUCUCCUGGGGGUUCGGUACGUUCUGGUGGUGUUUCGCACUUGUGAGUAUCGUACAUACGCUCUCCGUGCAGCCGGGCGGGUGGAGAGCGACUCGGUUUAGUAUGGGAGCUUGGUCGUUGGUUUUUCCAUGGGGAGUGUAUGCCAAUUGCGCGGUGCAGCUCGGGAAGAUCAUGGACUCGGAGGCAUUUCAUGUCUGGUCGACUGCGCUGUUGCUGUUGUUGGUUGUUAUGAAUAUCUGGAUCACAGUGCUGACGGUCAAGGGGAUUGUUACUGGGAGGGUGCUGGGGUUGGAGAAUGGUUGGAGUCGAGGGCUGACUGGGGAUAAACAGGCGUGA